AUGUCGAUGGAUGAACACCAUUCUGAUGGGCCUCACAAUGCCAGUGCAGAUUUUUGGAAUUUAGACAGAAUAUACUCAAGAGAAAAAGGCAAAUUCCGGACCUGUGCACCGGGCACGAAAAUAGACGCAUACGUCGUUGACAGUGGAAUUAAUCCUGACCACGACGAUUUCCAAGUUGAAAUAGAUGGUGUGAAUAAAUCUAGAGUGAAGCCAGGGUGGCACCAUAAGAAUUAUUCCAAUACUGAAGACACCUAUUAUCAUGGCACCUUUGUGGCCAGUGUCUUAGGAGGUAAAACCUGUGGAAUCGCCCGGAAUGUGAACCUCAUUGCCGUCAAGGUGUGCACCAAUAAAUCUGAUUUAUAUCUGACGACUGCCGAUGCUGCAGUUAAAUGGAUAACGAAACAAGUUCAAAACAACAGUAUUCUGUCAGUAAUUAAUAUGUCAUUCGGAGGUAGGGUUUUCCGGUCUUUCGUCAAUGCCGUGAAAGCAGCAUUGAAUGCAGGAAUUGUAGUGGUAGCCUCCGCUGGAAAUCACAAUGUGUCCGAUCUGUACGAUGAGACUGAUUCGUGUAAAAUAGUCCCAGCAAACAUAACCAGGGCCAUUACAGUUGGCGCCACCAACAAAGAUGAUUACUUGUCUGCAUUCAGUUUCUUAGGACCUUGCGUCGAUAUUUACGCUCCAGGGUCGCAUAUUAGUGGUGCCAAUUACACACUCGACCCCAUGUAUGGGGUGAGCCAAGGGACGUCAUUUUCAGCACCUCUCGUCGCCGGUGUAGUCGCAGGAAUGCUGCAGGUGUUUCGCGAUGCUAAGUACUACACAAAACCGUCGAAAGACGUUGUUAAGGACAUUAACAAGUACAUCAUCAAGUAUGCGGAGAACGGCAAAGUGAAGGGCCUCCCGAAGGGCAACAACAACUUUAUGCUUCAGGCCACCGGUCUGUAUACUGUUGAUACGCCGGCUUCUUAA